UACAACAAAGGAGAAAGUCGAGCUUCAAAUAAGUAAUAUACGUAUAGUCUCCUUGGUUUCAUCAGUCCGUCAUCGGCGUCUAAGCGACCUAAACAACAUGGAGGUGGCAGAUCUGCUCAGCGAAACUUGCGCUCCCGAGGACUUACAGAUCUUUGAACGUAAAUACAAUGAAGAAAUGUGUCAAGGAAAAGUCUCCAGUAAAACACAGUUUGAGUACGCCUGUUUCCUAGUCCGCAGCAAAUACCCAGCAGAUAUUCAGCGAGGAAUUGUGCUUCUCGAGGAGCUCUACAAACGCCCUGACGAGAGUGGGAACCGGGACUUCAUCUACUAUUUAGCAAUAGGAAAUGCCAGACUUAAGGAAUAUGAAGCUGCUCUGAAGUAUGCUCAGGGUUUGCUGCGAGUCGAACCAAGCAACAGACAAGUGCUUCAGCUUGAACAAAAUAUUAAGAAGAGAAUGGAAAAAGAUGCCAUUAAGGGAGCAGCCAUAGCAGGCGGGGCCAUCCUUGGUCUGGGGGCACUGGUGGGCCUGGGUGUGGCACUCGCCAGGAAGUAAAUAUUUUUACUAUUUUCUAGAAACAGUCCAAAGAAAUCAUAGUCUUACUUAAAUUACUUAUAUGAAGUGUUUUUAAAACAGCUCCGGCAAUAAUCACUCCAUUUCUUUUUAUUAUGUAUGUAAGCAUAUCAUGUACAAAGGAAAUGUCCUCCUCACUGUGAUAUGUAUUAUUUUACCCACUAGUGUAGGUUUAACCAGUGAUACUAUUAUGGACAUGAUAAAAAGUACUGCUAUGUUUUACUGUUUCCCAAUCUUCCUUAAAAUGUAUGUACCGUAUUUUGCGGCGUAUAACGCGCACCCUAAACUUUAAGACAACAAUUUCUGAAAAAAAAUAUUCAGUGGUUAAAAUGCUCAGAAAUAUGUACGGUUAAGCAAGACUGAUGAUGUACAAUUUCCUGAAAUUCUUGAUAACCCGUAAAGGACGGGGGUGUACCGUGAAAUCGUUUUUUCCCGUAUGGCAACGUUCUGACGCUCUCAAAAAUUGGUCACUUUCCAUUAUCAAUUUCACGGCUCUACCUAAGCCAGUUGCUUUAAAUUUAUAAGCAUUCGCUUAAUCCAUCCUUCCUCUUCAGUCUGCCUCAAACCUGAAGUCUCUACUUCAUGUGUUGUUUCUGUGGUGAUGUGAUGAAGUGCAGUAACUUUUAGGUCAGAGCAAGCUUGUGUUCUCAGUGCUACAUAGAUUCUGAUUGGCAGCCGCCCUCCCCCUCCACACACUCGACCCCGCUACAAACCCCCUUCAUUACCCUCAUGUUCUCAACUUGAUAACCCUGAAGGGUGGUGGGAUGCAUCCUCAGGGGCCUGAGUAUCACUUCCACCAUCACCGUAAUGAGGUUGAUCUACAGGAUGGCCACCAAACUGAGGUUGCACAAUAACGGUGCUCAGCCUUCCUGAUAAGACGAGGGAUUGGAAUUCAAUGCUGUUGAUGUCACUGUCUUCACCACUAACACUGCUUUCAAAGCUUGAAAAAGUUACUUUCAGCUCUUUCCCAAUUGCGCUCACACUGAGAGCUCUUUUGGGAGCAAGAGGAGUCGAGGUCACUGGCUGUGAACACUCGGGCGUGGAUUCAGACACGGAAAAUACGAAAAACUCUCCUGCCAUUGUUACAGUAAUGGAAACAAUGAGAAUGGCACGGAGAAGUUGUGUAGCAGCCUAGGAGUCACGCUGACCCAAACUUCAAAAUUACGGCAGAAAAAGGCAGACCGAAAAAAAAAAUUGUACCUUCGGCGUAUAAUGUGCAGAGGUAACUUUCUGGAAUUUUUCAAUUGAAAAUGGUGCGCGUUAUAUGCUGCAAAAUACGGUAAUUGCUGCCCGAUGAAGGUACCACCAGCAGUGUGCCAGAUAUGUGAAUCUGUUUAUUGUAGCCAACAACCAAAUACACUUCAUUAUGCACUA